AUUUCAGAAUUUUGAUAGUCCUCUUUAUCACACAUCAUAUGAAGAAGAAGCUAUAGAGUUUCUUUUUCUCCCAGUUCAGUUGAUAAUUACUUGGGUAUUGAAGAGAGAGAGAGAGAGAGAGAGAGAGAGUGAGUGAUCAAAGAUGGCAACAUUUGCAGGGACAACUCAGAAGUGCAAGGCAUGUGAGAAGACUGUGUACUUGGUGGAUCAGCUUACUGCUGACAACAAAGUCUAUCACAAGGCUUGUUUCAGGUGCCAUCACUGUAAGGGUACCCUUAAGCUGAGUAAUUACUCAUCCUUUGAAGGUGUUUUGUAUUGCAAGCCUCACUUUGAUCAACUCUUCAAAAUGACUGGAAGCUUGGAUAAAAGCUUUGAAGGCACUCCAAAAACUGUUAGAGUUGACAGAUCCGCCGAUCAGGUGCAUAGCAACAACAAAGUUUCAAGCAUGUUUGCUGGAACUCAGGAUAAAUGUGUUGCUUGCAAUAAAACUGUUUAUCCACUCGAAAAGGUAGCAGUCGAUGGUACACCUUAUCACAAGGCCUGUUUCAGGUGCGCCCAUGGAGGCUGUGUAAUCAGCCCAUCAAACUAUGUAGCCCAUGAGCAUCGUCUCUAUUGUAGGCAUCAUCAUAACCAACUCUUUAAGGAGAAGGGAAAUUUCAGCCAACUUGACAAGCAUGACGAAGUUAAACCGGUGGCUGAGACUGCAGCAGCAGAGUGAGAAUGUAAAUUUUCCACCAACCUUGGAGUGGGUGAUACCUCAAGGAGUUUCAAUGCAGUUGUCAGAAUUUGCUAGAAUGGUUACUGCUGUAAUAUGUUCUAUUUUGUGAUUUUACUUUGUUUCCUCUUGUUAACCCCCCUGCUUUUGUGUGUGAGAUUUGAAAUUUUUAAUUAGUUUUUCCUUUUACCA